AUGGAUCUCAAUAUAAUGGACAAAUUGCGAUUAUUGAAAAUAGACACGGAAUUACGACCGCAGAUAAAAAUGAAGCCAAUGAGCCGGUACUACUUCGUUACGUCGACAAAUCCGGGUGAACAGUUCUUUGUUUUUGCAUCAACAGCUGCUUGGCUUAUACGAAAAACGGGAAAAGCUUUUGAACAACCAAACGAAGAAGACGAUCCUAAUGCUAUCAUUGCAAUGAUUGUAGAAUUCUUAAGAGAAAAGGAGAUAGUUGUAGAUUUCUCUUCUCAUAAGCUGAAACAAGGUUAUGGUGAGCAAGUGAGCUAUAUUCUUAAUGUCUUAGCUGACGAAGCGUUGAAGGCGGAAAACUUUGAAUGGCAAAAGCCAAUUGUAGAUAUUCCUGAAACAGAGGAAUCUGUAGAUGACGUUGAUCAAGUUGAAGACGAAACUGAGAUCACACUUGACAAAGUUGAAGAAGAAAUGGCCAUUUAUUCUGAAGAAUCGGAUGCCGAACAAUUUGGUGAUGUGGACGAAAAGGAAUCUGAAACGUUUGCAAAUAAAAUUCAUGACGAGGAAGCUUGGAAACUAGAGCUAGAGAGGGUAGCACCGGCACUCAGGUUAAAAAUUUCUGCGGACGGUAGAGACUGGCGUACGCGGCACGCACAAAUGAAGUCUUAUAAAGAAGAAUUGUUUGAGAGAUUCAAAACUACUGGUACACAACUAAACAAAGUGUCCAAUAAUAUUAAUUCUGUUAUGGAUAAAAUAGCUGCAAGGGAGAAUAUCCUGAACGAACAAUUUGAACCCCUCGUACGUGAAUACGGUACGCUGUUGGAUGAAUUGAAUAAAGUCACGAAUGAGUACAAAGAAGUAAGUGUAGGAGUGACAGAGAGGCAAGAAUUGCUAAACGAGAUUACAGCUAAAGUAGAAAAUAUAAAGCAGAGAACAGAAUCACGAGGCUCUUCUAUGAACGAUAACGCGCCACUGGUGACUGCGAAGAAGGCCGUGGAAACGUUGAAAAAGGACAUCCAGGAAUUAGAUUUUCAAAUAAUCGUGCUUCUUUGGAUGCUGAUUUCAAAAGAGAAUCCCAAAAGCAAUAACUUCCUAAUGAAUUCCGAAUCGAAAAUGAUAACGAAAACAAUGUAUUAG